GUUGGCCUGUUGAAUUAGCAAAAAGGGGAGGGAAAAAUUUUGAUUUUCUUCUUAAAUAAAAAAUACAAACUUGGACAAGAGAUGUAAAAAAGUUGGGAUUUAACUGGGUCAAUCCGUAAAGCUCCCCACCUACUUCCUUAAAAUUUAGUUUCUUUCUCCAGAAAAAUGGAAAACUUGGCUUUAUGUCUCCAAACCCAACUAACCUUCACAAUUUUUCUGGAUUAAGACUUUGAUAAUCUUGAUUUUUAGCUUUUAUUAUUUGUAAAGUCAGCUUAAGGAGGCUCCCAGACAGAUUAGUUUUGUCUAUAUCAUAAUAAUUUUUCCAUUGACAUGUUGCUUGAGGAAAAAGAGUUGAAGAUGUCAGCUAAUCCAGGAGGAGGAGUAUUUAAGAGGACUCUGUACUGCUCUUAAACCACCUUCAUUAGCAAGCUUGAGCUAACCAGACAAAACUGCUUGGCCACCAUGAUUGCUUUCACAAGCUUACCUUUGAACAUGCUUGGUUGCUUCAUUAUAUUGCUGCUUCUUCCUUCUCUUUGUUUGUCAGCUGACCCCGAUCCGUUGCAGGACUUCUGCGUUCGUGAUUUAAAUGCGACCAUAUCAGUCAAUGGUUUCCCUUGCAAGCCAGUAUCAGAUGUUACUUCGGAUGAUUUCUUCUUUGAUGGAUUGAUCAAAGAGCCUGACACAAAUAAUGCCUUCGGUUUCGGGGCCACACAAGGAAACGUUCUCGCAUUUCCAGGACUCAAUACACUCGGGCUAUCCAUGAACCGUGUCGACUUUGCUCCUGGAGGAGUAAAUGCACCUCACUCGCAUCCUCGUGCCUCUGAAAGCGGCGUCAUUAUUAAGGGGAAAGUUCUUGUUGGGUUUGUGACAACAGAUGGUGUGUAUCAUUACAAGGUUUUGACUGCAGGGCAGAUGUUUAUCAUUCCCAGAGGACUUGUUCAUCUCCAGUAUAAUGUUGGAAGCAGCAAAGCAACUCUGCUCACAGCUUUCAACAGUCAGUUACCGGGGGUUGUGGUUGCAUCUCGAACUUUGUUUGCUUCGAAUCCUUCGAUCCCUGUCGAAAUUUUGAGCAAAGCUUUCCAAGUCGAUGAAGGUGUUAUCAACACCAUAAAGUCCAAGUUUGCUUAGUUUCAUUCUCUGGUUCUGUUCUUUUCUUCCUUGUCAUUAUGUUUGCACUUGCACAAUAAUCUCAUUCACAGUCCUGUUAUGUGAGUGAAUGAGCUCUACUGCUAGAAGGAAGGCAUGUGAUAAUAUUUUAUAUUCUUCAUUUAUUGUUGAUACUCUCUCUUCUUUCUGUUGUUC